AUGACUGAUAUCCUAAACAUUAAAGACAAGCCGAUCUUCGACGAUCGCAUCGUCAAGAUUGAGACUCACACAAACGUGGGCAUAACUAGCACGAUCAAAAAUUAUGUAACAGUGUCAUUCGACAAAAGCGUGAUUCUGCGGAAUGCCGGCUGGGAUGCGCAGACUACUGCGGCCGGAUACUUUAAUUUCUGUGUACCGCUCUACGUACUGCUGGGAUUUUGCGAAGAUUACAGACGUGUGGUGAUCAACGAAUUAAUUUUAAUACGAGCGCGCAACGACAACAAUUGUCUGAUGGGAGAUUCGAUGAUAGAACCAACGCUCGAAUUAUCCAAAGUACAAUGGCGGAUGCCGCACGUGUUAUUGAGCGAGAUAAAUAAGCUGUCGAUGCUCCGCGCUUUGGAGAGCGGACGAUAUCUGAGCACGGCUUUUCGCUCUUGGGAUCUGUACGAGUUUCCGCUCUUGCAGAGCACAACCAAGCAUUCUCCGCAGCAUCGUGCGAUGCGUUUACUGAGCAGACGUUACGAUCUGACGAAUACGGGCUAUAAAUUUUUGGAAAUUGGAAUCAACGUUGGCCCACCGAGUUACGUGGAGAUCGUUCUGGGAGAUCAUCGCGGACACGAACUGUCGCUGUCUCUCGAAACCUGGAAGAGUCUCUACGACCAACGAUGGAAUAUUUACAAAAUGCUUCGAAACGAAUACAAGGACAAUUUUAUAAGUGUUGGACCGCUAAUCGUCAGAGUUUGUACGCUGAACGAUGCUACGCUCGUACGUCUCGAUUCUUCGUCCGUACGCAUUACGAUGACCGAAACGACGCUACGCCGUAUGUUUGACUUUGACGGGUGUAUCGAUGUAACGUUCGAACGAUUAGCCCGACUCGUCGAUACGGUUGAUGUAAAGUAUACGCGAUUCUCCAAUACGUCUGAGAACGCCAUACGCGACAGCGACUUCUUCAAUGGACGUCAACUCAUCGAUUGCGAGCUAUUAGCUUCAGUUUUUAAUACGUACGAAAAAAACACGAUGUAAUAAGAUGUGAAUAAAAAAUUU